AUGUCCACCAUUCCGGCAGUAAUUCAACAUUCCGGGAUUUGGAACGAUGAGAAUCGUUUUGUGAAUUACACAAUAGAUGCAAUAGUUUUCAAAGAUUAUGCAUCGUAUGAGAAUGUAGUUGAUGUAAUAGCGAAACAGGUAGGAAUAGAUACAAGUAACAAAACAAUUAAUAUCAAAUACAUGAUCGAAGGUGAUUCUAUGCCGCUUGAAAUACACAAUGACAUGAGUGUCAGGGUGUAUGUUGAACUGAAGAAAGAUAGUAGGCAGUUUGGGAGUUAUCCUUUGUGUAUUACCACAACUGAUAAGUUGAUUGAAUACAAUGUGUCUAGUGAAAGUGUAGUUGAAGGUGAUUUAACGCAAUUAGAAUACAAUCGUCAAUUACAAGUUAUGAAUACAGAUGAUGCGACAGAAGUGGCAACGUCAAAUUCUGGUCAGCAAAUAGUUGUGUAUAAUGAUUUGAUCAUUUCAAAUCUUAAUCACAAGGAGAUCAUGGUAAAUCAAGUAUACAAUGACAAGGAUACUUUGAAGGCCGUGAUGAAAAAAUAUGCAAUUGACAAUAGGUUUCAGUUCCGUACAGAGAGAUCAAAUUCGAUAAGCUACACCAUUGUAUGUAUAUCAGAACAAUGUGAGUGGAAAAUGAAAGCUUCAAGCAUUAACAAAUCUGCAAUGUUCAAAGUUAGAGAGUUUGUGGACAAACAUACAUGUCCAUUGAAGGAUAAGGUGUGUUCUUGUAUUCAAGCAAGUAGUGGUUUUAUAGCAGGCAUUAUUAAGCCAAAGUUAACAAAUCACAAGAGGAAGUAUACGCCAAAGGAUAUAGUAGAUGAUGUGAAAAAUGAAAUUGGUGUGGAUGUGAAUUACAUAAAGGCUUAUCGUGCUAAAGAAAAGGCUAUGAUCGAGUUGAGGGGAGAGCCAGCAGAUUCCUACAAGAAGUUACCUGGAUAUGUAUACAUCUUGGAUAAAACGUAUCCAGGUAAUAUACUGCCUCUGGCAUAUGGCGUGAUCGAUUCUGAGAACGAUAAGUCUUGGUCAUGGUUCUUUCAACGGUUUAAGGAAGCAUAUGGGGUAAGGGAUAACAUGUGUAUUGUAUAUGAUAGAUAUGAAAGCAUCAUCAAGGUUGUUGCUAGAAUUUAUCCUACUAUUCUGCAUUUAGCAUACAUAUGGCAUCUUUGGAAAAAUGUAUAUAAUAACUAUAGGAAAAGUCAUGAAGUGUUGAGUGGUGUAUACUAUAAAAUGGCAAAAGCAUACACACAGAAUGACUUUGAUAUGCUAAUGCGAAAAGUUGAGAAAGAGGAUAUUCGGGUGAAGGAGUACUUGGAUUCAGUGGGAAGGGCAAAGUGGGCUAGGCUUCAUUGUCCAGUUAACCGAGCAUGGACAUUAACAUCAAAUAUUGCUGAGUCCAUUAAUGCAGCACUGGUAAUUCCAUCAACAGAAUACUUACACACCGUGAUUGAUGAAGGGAGGAGUUUCAUUGUGUGCAUUGAAAAGAAAACUUGUAGUUGCAAAAUCUUCCAAGUUGAUGAGAUUCCCUGCCCCCAUGCUUGGGUUGUUCUUAAGAUGAAAAAUCUCACUGUCGACAGCUACUGCUCAAACUUGUACAAACCAGAAACUGUGAUGAAGACUUAUGAUAUCCCAAUUUAUCCGUUACCGGAUCAGAGUGAGUGGAAUGUGCCUGUAUACAUUUCAGAAGAAGUAGUGUUGCCACCGAGGUACAAGAGACCGCCUGGAAGGCCAAAAAAGAAGCGUGAUAAGUCUUUAUCUGAAUGGUUUUCAAAUUCACGUACAAACUCGUGCAGUAGAUGUGAACAUGCAGGACACAAUAGGCGCUCUUGCAGGAAUGAGCCUAAAAGAAAGUAG